AUGGCUCGUUUUCGCGAUCUGUUCAAUCUUCGAGCUCGACGUCGCCUUUCGAACCAAUCAAGCGAAACAUCAAGCUCUAGUAGUCGUAGUGAUGAUGAAUCAUACACUCCCGAUCCGUAUACUUCGGAUCAAUUUUGCAAUUCAUUCUGGGGUAAAACAGGAUAUCAACAAAUUCUAAAAAGAAGUAAAAUGUCAGAAAAGAUGUUACAAGAUUUAGAAAAUUUUUAUAAAGAAAGAGCAUCGAUUGAAUCCGACUAUGCUAAACGCUUAACUCGAUUAAGUAAAUCUAAUUUAUUUGAAGCGAUUGGAUACGAAGGUGAUGGACUUAAUCUUGGAUUAGAGCAUUUACGGAAUAGUACUAUAAGUUCAGCUCAAGCUAGGGCCGAUUUAUCUAAAACCAUCAAGAAGGAACUACAACAGAAAGUCGCCGAAUUCAUCGCUAGACGUGAGGGAGCUCGAAAAAAUCCCCAAGCAACUAUCGAAAAACUUCACAAGAAAUUGAUAGAAUUGCAGUCACUUCAAGAAAAAGCUCGCAAGCGGUUUGAAGUCGAUGCCAUUGCCGUAACUGCCUACGGAGCUCAGAUGCAUCUUGUUCAAGGCCGAGAGAUGGAUCGCGUGUCAGCCAAGCUAGAUAAAGCAAAAAGCAGCAUUGGCCUAGCAGAAAAAAAGUAUCAGGUCUUGACAAAGGCCUUGCAGGAUACCGUCCAGGAAUGGACCCUUCAAUGGAAAUUGUUUUGUGACGUAAAUACUCGUGAAUCCUCCUCUUGA